UGUAAACAAAACUGAAACGGGGGGGGCUGCAGUAAUUGACCUAAAAGGGCAAAGACACUCACGGAAAUUGAUUAAAUUGUUUGUCAUUUAUUAAUUUAAUAUUUGAUUAAAUAUGAGGCAACUAAUGAGUAAAGUUUACCCAAAAAUACAUUCAAGAUGUUUUGGAAAUUUGAAUAGUCAACUAAAUAGUAUACGAAAUUUACAUAAUGAAGUAGUAAUCGUGUCUGCUGUAAGAACACCUAUAGGGUCUUUCCGCAGUUCAUUAGCAGCUCUGACUGCUCCUAGAUUAGGUGCAAUUGCAGUUGAAGGUGCUGUUAAGCAUGCAGGAAUACCUAAAGAGUCAAUUCAAGAAGUUUAUAUGGGUGAAGUGCUACAAGCUGGUGCCGGCCAAGCACCUGCACGGCAAGCUGCUCUUGGAGCUGGUUUGGCAAUAUCAACUCCUUGCUCAACUAUAAAUAAAGUCUGUGCUUCUGGGAUGAAAUCCAUAAUGCUUGCUGCUCAAAGCAUCAUGCUUGGCCACCAAGAUAUUAUGGUUGCAGGCGGUAUGGAAAGUAUGUCUAACACACCAUUUUAUAUGCUAAGAGGAGAUACACCUUAUGGUGGAAUAACAUUAUUGGACAGUCUUGUUUAUGAUGGAUUAACUGAUGCAUAUAAAAAGUUUCAUAUGGGUGUUUGUGGAGAAAAUACAGCUAAAAAGAUGGGAAUUUCAAGACAAGAACAAGAUGAAUUUGCUAUAAAUAGUUAUAAAAAGACUGCUAAAGCUGUAGAAGAUGGGGUAUUCGUGAAAGAAAUUAUUCCAGUGACGAUUCCUGGUAGGAAAGGAAAACCUGAUGUUGUCGUUGACACUGAUGAAGAAUAUAAACGGGUUAACUUUAGUAAAGUUCCUUCUCUACCAACUGUCUUUCAAAAAGAAAAUGGAACAAUAACAGCAGCAAAUGCCAGUACUAUUAAUGAUGGUGCUGCGGCUUGUGUGCUUAUGAGUGCCAAAACAGCUCAGGAACUGAAUAUCAAGCCUUUGGCAAGAAUCAUUGGUUUUGCAGACGCUGCGGUAGAACCUAUUGAUUUUCCGAUUUCCCCAGCAGCUGCUAUUCCAAAGCUUUUGAAGCAAACUGGAAUUAAGAAGGAGGAUAUUUCAAUGUGGGAAAUAAACGAAGCAUUUAGUGUAGUCGUACUCGCCAAUAUAAAAAUGCUAGAUUUAGAUCCAACUAAAGUAAACAUACAUGGUGGAGCUGUCAGUCUUGGCCAUCCUAUUGGAAUGUCUGGCACACGGAUUGUGAACCAUAUGGCCCAUACAUUAACCAGCAAUCAGUAUGGGGCUGCUGCAAUAUGCAAUGGAGGAGGUGGAGCUUCAUCUAUUUUAAUUCAGAAAAUAUAAUCAUCUUACUUUCCAAAAUGGUUAACAGACAAAUAAAGUUAUCUUGUAAUAAAUAUGGAGCUGCUAUAGAAUAAUGUAAUAGAGCCCAUCUAUUUUUAUACAGAAAAUGUAAUCUCACUUUUAUGCUCAAAAAAUGUAUAGAGUUCCUCUUGUAUUUUUAUAAAGUGCCACAAUUUUUACUUGCAAUAAAAUUUUUCGUAAUAAAAGUAUAUGAAAACUGUU